UCACACAAAAAUCCAAGAUUUAAAACCCCACCCAUAUGCUCAUAAUCUACACUUUUGAAAAAAUAUCAUACACCAAUGGACUUGAUACUGACUUGUACAAGUCAAUGAAGACUGCAGCUUCUAACAUUUUUUAUUACUAUUAUCAUGUUAUCUUAAAUCUGAAAAAUCAUCUUCCUCAAGUUCUCUCUUCCAAAACAGAAAUCACUGUAAUUAUCAUAGUACUAUGGCAUCAGGAAUGGCCGUAGCAAACGAAGGGCGCCAAUAUAACGGCAGGAUUACUUCCUUUGUCGUCUUAUCUUGUAUGAUGGCUGCAAUAGGAGGAGUCAUUUUUGGCUAUGAUAUAGGAAUUUCAGGCGGCGUGACAUCAAUGGAUCCGUUCUUGAAGAGAUUUUUCCCUGAAGUAUACCGAAAGAUGAAAGACGACACGAAAAUCAGCAACUACUGCAAGUUUGAUAGUCAGCUGUUGACCUCAUUUACAUCAUCACUGUAUGUUGCUGGGUUUAUUGCUUCCUUUUUCGCCUCAGCAGUAACUAGAGCUUUCGGACGCAAGCAGUCAAUUCUCUUUGGUGGGGCGGCUUUUCUAGCCGGCGCUGCCCUUGGUGGCGCUGCAUUUAAUGUCUACAUGUUGAUAUUCGGCCGUGUCUUGCUUGGAGUUGGCGUUGGUUUUGCAAACCAGUCAGUUCCACUAUAUCUCUCUGAAAUGGCACCGCCAAGAUACAGAGGAGCAAUCAGCAAUGGCUUCCAAUUUAGUAUUGGCAUUGGGGCAUUAUCUGCCAAUCUUAUAAACUACGGAACGGAAAAGAUCCAAGGCGGUUGGGGUUGGCGAAUAUCUUUAGCAAUGGCUGCAGUUCCAGCUUUCAUCCUUACAUUAGGUGCAUUUUUUCUCCCGGAAACACCUAAUAGCCUGAUUCAACGCGGCAAGGAUCAUAAAAAAGCCAAACGCAUGCUGCAACGAGUUCGAGGCACCAAUGAUGUUCAAGCAGAGCUUGACGAUCUCAUCCAAGCUAGCAUAAUCUCAAGAACUGUUGAGCAUCCAUUUAAGAAUAUCAUGAGAAGAAAGUACAGGCCUCAACUAGUAAUGGCAAUAGCCAUACCAUUUUUCCAACAAGUAACAGGCAUAAAUGUCAUUGCAUUUUACGCUCCAUUACUUUUCAGAACAAUCGGACUAGGCGAAAGUGCAUCCCUCCUAUCGUCUAUUGUGACUGGUGUAGUGGGUAGCGGAUCAACCUUCGUAUCAAUGCUUAUAGUCGACAAAUAUGGCCGAAGAGCGUUAUUUAUUUUUGGGGGGAUACAAAUGUUUUUGUCGCAGAUAAUGGUCGGAAGUAUUAUGGCAGCUGAACUAGGGGAUCAUGGUGGUACCGGAAAAGGGUACGCCUUUAUCAUCUUGACUCUGAUUUGUAUAUACGUCGCAGGAUUCGGGUGGUCGUGGGGUCCUCUCGGAUGGCUUGUUCCUAGCGAGAUUUUCCCGUUGGAGAUUCGAUCAGCAGGGCAAAGUAUUGUUGUGGCAGUGAGCUUUAUAUUCACUUUCAUUGUUGCACAAACUUUUCUGUCUAUGCUUUGUCACUUCAAGUCUGGAAUUUUUUUCUUUUUCGGAGGAUGGGUUGUUGUGAUGACUGCCUUCAUAUACUAUUUGUUGCCGGAGACGAAGAAUUUGCCGAUUGAAAAAAUGGAUAUAGUGUGGAGAGAGCACUGGUUUUGGAAGAAAAUUGUAGGGGAAGAAGAAGAAAUUAAUAAAAUGGAAGCAGCAUGAAAGCUAAAUAAAUAAUCCAACUGUGCUGUUGUACAAAUUCAUUUUAGAACUUAUAGAAUUAUCGAUUCUAAUUAUCCAAUCUACAAUGAUCAUGUUCAAACUCCAA